CUGAAACCGAAAUUGAGCACUCGCGGUCAGUUCGGGUGUUUUGGUCCGAAACAAUGGCGAGUGCUGUACGCAAGAAACUUGUUAUUGUUGGAGAUGGUGCAUGCGGAAAAACUUGUUUACUUAUUGUAUUCAGCAAAGACCAAUUUCCCAAAGUAUAUGUCCCUACUGUAUUCGAAAACUAUGUUGCAGAUAUCGAAGUUGAUAACAGACAAGUUGAAUUAGCUCUUUGGGACACUGCUGGCCAAGAAGAUUAUGAUAGGUUACGGCCACUUUCUUAUCCUGAUACGGAUGUAGUUCUGUUGUGUUAUAGUAUUGAUUCUCCUGAUAGUUUCGAAAACAUUCCUGAAAAAUGGUUGCCAGAAGUAGAUAUCACGAGUUCAUAAAUCCUAUUAUAGAUCCGGCAUUUUUGUCCUGAUGUCCCCAUUAUCUUAGUUGGAAACAAAAAAGACCUACGACAUGAUGAGGCUACGAAGAAUGAGCUUCAUAGAACCAAGCAACUUCCCGUCACUUUUAAUGAGGGUAAAGAAAUGGCUGAAAAUAUUAAUGCUUAUGCGUUCUUUGAGUGUUCAGCUAAGACCAAGGAAGGUGUCAGCGAUGUUUUUGUAGCAGCUACUCGAGCCGCCUUGAAUUCAGCGAAGAAGAAGAGGAGGAAAUGUGAUUUAAUUUGAUCCUCACUGUUCUCUGAAUUGUCUAAACUUGAUUUUCCGGUCUCCAAAACGUACAUUCCCCUCCUAAUUCUUCCUCAGGACCUUAAAUUGCUACUUCUAUUGACUACUUGUUUCUUUAACGAUCAUACUUUUUGUUUACCAACAAGACAAUCCAUUCCACGGAAAUACUUACCAUUUAUUUUUGUCUUGAUACUAAGACAGGGCAUGCCUCAUGUAACUUAUAUUUAUUAAGAAUAAAUUAUUAUAAUCAGUCGGCUUUUUAACUUUGUUAUCCAGCAUUCAUGCCUGUUGAUUGUAACAAAAUAUACAAAGCCAGUUUAUAACUAAAUUCUGUUCCAAGUUUAUCCGGUCUGCAAAAUAAUUGCGACUCACCUACUUACUAUGUGUUAUGCUUCGUAUAUUCACAAGAGUGGAGCGGAAAGUUGCCUUAUUUAUUUCUGUUUGGUUUACGUAGCGGCACAGGUUCAGAUAAAUUAUUAUUACUUCUCCAGUUACAUCUAAUGAGUCGGUUUUGGCUCAAAAGAGUGUACUGACCAUGAAUACUGUUUCAUUUUACAAUGCCAUUACCUGCUGUUUGUGUGAUAUAUAGUGAGUGUUUUACUUAUCGUUGUUGUGAAACGUACUUUUUAACCCUUAUUUGUUUGCCAAUGUAGUCUACUGCUACCAAGAAAGCCGGGUUACACUACUUGUGGAAAGAGCCAGCGACUUGGACUUGUUAUAAAACGGAUAUUUUUGUUCCUAACCUUUUUCUGUACUUCGAAUCGCCUCAAGGUAUUUUGAACAUAUACUGUUAUAACCAGUGUGAUCCAUUGUCCUGAACAUCACAAAUCAGAAAACCUGGGUUAUCAAGUAUUUGGUGGGAUUUGAGAUACGUCUGCUAUAUCUCAACAAACAACUUCAUUCCAUACCACUGUUUGGUUGACUAGUGGUUUAGAACGCCAAAUAAUAUUUCCGUUAUUUGUAGCCCGAAUGUAAUUAAUCAGCGUUGGUUGUAUUCUGAUUCAUCUGUUUGUAUGGUCAGUAACAAAGCAACUAGAGAGGAAUAAUAGGAAUUGAAGAGGGAGGUUGAUUAUGAAUACAGUGGUCUUGAGUGCUGUUAGAGUUAUGAGGGCGGUUAUCACUUCCCGGUUGCCGAUACCGUUGAAGGGUUCUUUUGAAGGUACCUGAAAAGGAAAUUGGAUUAGAGGCGGUCUUAGUGACCUGAGAGCGUGAACGCAGUGCGCAAGGGAUAACUGCUUGAGGUCGGUCACACAACCUUUUUGUGAGUAAUUUUUGCGUUAGCUCCGUACUUGUUGAGACCUUACCGCCGGAGACGGAUAUCCGUGGGAUAAGGCGAGGUGUGCAUUCUCAGGGUCGACCUUUUCUAACCCCGCCCCUCCUUGUGGGAAGUCAGCAUCGCUGUCAUGCUGGUUGUCUGAAGGAAACGCCUUACUGCUGUCACACCUCUGUACAGUCAUCAGUACGACUUCGCCUUCGGAUCUUGGGUUUGCUGCUUUUAGUCUUACCGCUCUUCAACCGAACUGUCUGACAUGGUAGGACCUUGAGGAACGGUUGUUCCAGCCAGUAUGGCUCGGUUGCUUCGUCACGAUUGGCAAGCCCGACCACCACGUCAAGAUAGCAACAACGGUGGGGAACUAGAGAUAUACAUAACAAGGUAAUUCUGUUCACGUUUAUAUACAUGCUGUGCAAGAGGGUAAUUUAUGAUCAUACUCUCAAGAGAACUAGAAACCAUCUAAACGUCUUAUAGACUGAAUAACACAGCUUCCCUCUGUGAGGCAAUCCUAGGUAACAGAAAUCUUAGUGGUGACUUACUAAUUAAAGUGUUUGACUUUCAGCUAACAAAUCUUAGGUCUUCGCACUUCAGUUUGGUUAACAGGUUAGUUGAUCGUCACUGAUGGGUUAAGAAAGACAAGGCAGCCUAAUUAGAUUGCACAGUAGUACUUUGCCAAUAAUUGUAAACGCUCUCAAAUGAUCUUGAUCAAGCUAUCUUGCGUAGACAGUGUCACCUGAACUAAGUGUAAUUUCUUGAAAUAACAAUUAUUUUCGUGUGACUGCUGAUUCCAUCUUGGUUGUCUCUGUCAACAGUGGCAGCUAUCGCUUUUUUAUAAACACCACUGUAUCAAUCAACCUUAUCUGACCAAUACAUCCUGAUCAUCUAAGUAGAUUAGAACAUAAUCAAUGUGUUUCUCAGUUGGCAGUUACCGAUCUAUUUGAGAGAAAAAUAUCGCAAACCUAAUAAGCAGGACCGAAAUCUAACUCAGACGAAAUUUCUAUUUGUUUGCAAGUUACUGUUUGUUAACACCAACGUAAUUUUCUUGCAGUCCACUUAUGAGGGAAUGGAUGACACUUUGUUUACAUGUGACGGCUAUUGAGUAGUUUGUCUCUGGCCACUGUAUAUACAGUGCUCGGGACAUAUUGUUUGCUAACUUAAGUUUCCCACUUACAAGUGUUAAACAGCUAAUUAAAUUUAGAAGCUAUUCAAACGAACACAUAUAUUCUUAUAAAGUGGUACAUUGUUUUUUUUUCAACUGACUUAAUUUGUUGAAAUGCGUGGAUAGUCAUCUCUUCGAGAGAAUUUCUCACUCUGAAUAGAUUAGCUAGUUUUCACUGCUGAAUUAUGUUAAUAUUAAAUUACUUUUGUGCAACCAUGAGAGAAUGCAGUUAAUUAAUUAUAUCAUGCACUCUAUUACUCCUGCUUAGUUUCUUUAAACAACGACUCAUCUGUUAUUGGCGGUUGUCAGAUUGUAGAAACGUAUCUACAGUAAUAGUAAAUAAGUCUCCAGGUGAUCGACCUUCAUCCCGCAAAAAUUAAGGAUGCGGUAGUCUGGGGCUGGUUUCUAUUCUAAUGAAAUAGUAUUUCUUGUUUUAAUUCUAGAAAGGUAGCUUCGGGUUAAUGCUGUCAUACUUUUCGUAUGGAUCGUUGCGGCCACAUAUUUAGCAUGGAAACGGAUCGAUAGCGUUAUAC